GCGUGACAUCCGGUCCGUCUUCCUGUUAGCGGCUAAAGCUAAAGCUCUCACUGGCAGCAGAUCUACAGCAGGAAGCAGAUCAACUCUACCUUCACAGCCAGGCAGAAAAAACAACAAAAUACACAACUAUGGGCGAUGUCAUUCAAGUGAAGAUGAAAGCGGAAUUAGAAAAAUAUACACGGAUUCAUAAAGAUGUUAGCAAGAGCAUGUCAGCCAGACAGAAGCUGGAGACGCAGCUGACGGAGAACAACAUUGUAAAAGAGGAACUUGCUCUGCUGAACAGCUCAAACACCGUUUAUAAGCUUAUUGGUCCUGUAUUAGUCAAGCAAGAUCUGGAUGAGGCCAAAGCCACAGUCUCAAAAAGAUUGGAGUACAUCAACGGUGAAAUUCAAAGAUACGAGACACUGCUUAAAGACUUGGAGAAGAGGUCUGAAGAGCAUCGAGAGGUCUUGACUAGUUUACAGCAGGAGCUGGAGAAAGCGCAGGGCCUGAGCGGCGGUGGGAAGUUCUGAUGGAGCGAGCCGCACCAACACACCUGGACACAGUACAAGUAGACGUAAUAAUGUAAAUCUGCUGUGGUGUACGUCAGUUCUGCUCCAAUCUGGUCAUUCAUAAGCAGUGUUAUGACUGACUUUUCUGUUGUUACUAAUAAACUUUUUCAUGAAUGCACAACA